AAUUCUAAAGACCUAAACUACCAACCGAUCGAGCUGAAUUGUCGCAAGUCGUUAUGAUCCCCAGACGAGCCAUGCUAAUCAAGAAAUUGAGGGUGAUUGGUUUUGGCUCUGAAAAAAUGCUUGGUCGUUUUGAUUCUGCAACCCCAGAUGACACGGCGAAGGACUCCCACCUCAAGGAGUUGCAGGUCCUCGGUCCCCUCGAGGUCCUCCGCGCCGACUUGGACGAAGAAGGUAGCUUUGACGAAGCCGACGCUGGCUCGUCGCCGCUCCGGUGAACCUCAUGUCAGAGAAUCCCGAGCAGCAACUGAUCGAGCCAGCUGUCCGAGGAACCCUCAACGUGAUGAAGGCGUGCGCGAAAGCGAGGACGGUGAAGCGCGUGAUCCUGACCUCGUCGGCGGCCUCAGUCUCCAGAAGGCAGCCGCAAGGCGACGGCCAUGUACUGGACGAGGACUCCUAGUCCGUCGUCGAGUACCUCAUAGCCAACAAGACACCGAUCUGGUAGGGGUCCUGGAGAAGGAAGCGUGCAGGUUCGCGCAGGAGAACGGCAUCAGCCUCGUCACCGUCUGCCCCGUUGUCACCGGGGGUGCGGCGCCGGCCCCGAACGCUUGCACCAGCGUACCGAAGUGCCUCUCCCUUCUAUCUGGUGAGAUCCAAAGCAGCAAAGAACUUGUCAGUUUCCCGCGCGUGUCGCACACGACUCCUCAGUUUUGCGUGGUUUCAGGCGACGAGGCGGAAUUCGGCGUGCUGAGAGGCAUGGAGAUGGCGUCCGGCACGGUGUCGUUGGUUCAUGUCGACGACGUCUGCCGAGCUGAGCUGUUCGUCGCCGAGGACGAGGCAGACUCAGGGGGGAGCUCCGGCGAGCUGCUUGAGAAGCCGAGAGUGUGGCUGUCGUCCGCAAAGCUGAUCGGGGAAGGGUUCGAGUUCAAGUACAAGACCCUGGACGAGAUAAUUUCUUUCCGUAAUUCUCGGAUUGUUGGCGCAAGCGCUCAACAAGUAGUUCACUAGUCAAACUGCCCGCACUAUUGUGCAACUAGAUUUGGAUAUACAAUUUUAUUUGUCGUAAAAAUCCAUUGGCUAUAAUAGAAAAGGCUGUAAACUAGGGGUGCUUGGUAAUUUUCUAAAUGGAGCAGCCUUUUGGUGGAGUAAUUUCGAAAAUGAAAACUAGUGUGUGUUCUUUUAAAAAAUGGGUAUUUUUUGGUGAUACUGGCCUAUUUUUCUAAAAAAAUAAAAGAAAGGCAUCCCUCGUUACCAUAAAGAACGAGGGGUAGGAACAAUAUCCUGUGAAUCUGUGAUACCACAAAUUAACGUGGGCACUUUGAUUUGUGAGAGAGUGGAGUGGUUGUGUAACCGAGCAAAAUUGUUAUAGUUUGUGGA